ACAUGUUUUUUUUGAAUAAACGAUUUCUUAUUUUAUUUUUAAGUGUCAAAUGUGUCGAAUUCAAAUAUUAUUACUACCUAAUAAGACAUAAGUAUUUAUUAUUUAGAUACUUAUAGUUUUGUGAAAUGAUCCCGAAAAAUAUCAAUGUCCUUUUACCGCAGACAUUGUCCCGCAACCGCGUUAUUUUAAAAGUUCCCGUCAGGACCAAAAAAACGCACUGGUCUGUGUUGAAAAAGAAAAUUUAUCCUAAGGACAAGGCUUUGGAACAUUUUGACGAUUUUUAUGGUUCAGUUUAUGGUAAACGAUGGAAAUCGAUGCGUUUGGCUAUGUUGUCGCCUCACAAGUACAUGGCCAUCGUUAAUAAUUACGGCGAACCAGAGAAGACGGCCGAGAAUUUAGAGUGGAUGGGAGCUAUGAAUAUAAGAAAAAUUGUUGAAAUGCAAGCGACCAAGAUUGAAAAUCAGACUCGUUCGUUUACUACGAAAAAACACAAAGAUAAAGAUAUCAAAGAACUCGAUAGGAAACUCGAAGGACUCUUAUUAAGCAAUGAAACCGAAAAACAGGAACCAUACGUAGAAAAACCGUCACUCCAGGAUAGUCUUGCAGAAGCUGAAUGCGACGAAAGCAGAAUCAUAGAUCCUGAAAGCAACUCCAACUUGGGAGGACUUUAUCAGUUUGUGCCAGCCACCGAACUUCACGGCAAAACAGAUUGGAUACCCGAGUCGCAACAUUAUCAAUACUAUCAAGAAGAUUUAGACUUUCCAUUAAAUAUAAUCGAAGAAGACAAACCUCUGGUCAUUCCAUCUCAUUUGCAAGUGUACACCUUCGAUCGUGGAGACACCUCGCCGUUUCCGCAUCCCAGAACUGGUAUCACCAAUGUCAGCAAUUACUAUUUAAUGGACGGGGGUUCGAUUGUGCCAGUAUUGGCGUUGGAUUUAAAAGUGGGCGACCGAGUAUUGGACAUGUGUUCGGCUCCCGGCGGAAAAGCAUUGGUUAUGUUGCAGACUUUACUACCAGAUUCGUUGGUUUGUAAUGAUGUUCAAGAAUCAAGGCUCAACAAAUUGCACAGGGUAAUGUCAGAGUACAUUUACGACUACAAGACUUGGGGUGAUCGAUUAGUGAUUACGCAAAAUAACGCACGAGAAAUAGACGAACCCGGAGUGUACAACAAAAUAUUAGUAGAUGUUCCUUGUACAAACGAUCGUCACAAUUUAGAAGUUAACGAAAACAAUAUUUUCAAGCCUACUCGCGCCAAAGAACGACUUCAACUACCAGAAAUACAAGCAUCUAUUUUAUGUAACGCGUUGAAAAACGUAGCUGUUGGCGGCACUGUGGUUUAUUCUACUUGUUCGUUGUCUCCAAUACAAAAUGACGGUGUCGUUAAAAUGGCCAUGAAGAAAAUCUGGGAAGAAACAAACUAUCAAAUCGUGGUGAAGGACUUGAAAAAGCAAUUUGAACCGUUGCACUCGUUGUAUUCUUUCGGAAAAGGUUUGAGGUUGGGACAACUGGUGGUUCCAUUUCUACCUCUUAACUACGGACCUUUGUAUUGUUGCAAACUAGUCAAAGUAAAAUAAUUCACAUACUUUAACGUUGACAACUCGAUACUGAAAUAUUUCUACAGUGUGUUCAACAAUUUUUAGGUCAUAAUUACUGAAUUUAUUGUUGUUUAUAAUUAUUGUUUCUUUUUUAUUAAGCAAAGUUCAUAGAAAUUGUUUUA